UAGUUGUAGAUCUUUUUGCUUUUAAUUAAACACUCGAUCCAAACCUUGAUGACCUUGUAGAGACGUUAAUAUAAAUAUCGAACAAUUCAGCGAGUUGGUAUGCCAGCUUAUCUGCUUCUAGUACAAACAACGCCUCUAAAUAUGAUCGCCAAGGUUGCUUUCUUUUGCGCAGCUCUUGUAGCUGUCCGUGCUACCGGACUCAUCGCUCCUGCUGUCUACGGACAUGGACUAGCCAUCAAAGCCCCUGCUGCACCCGUCCUUUCUAAGACAUUUGUCACUGCUCCUCUUCUUUCCAAAGCUGUCGUCGCUGCCCCAGUAGUUUCAAAGACUGUCGUGACACAUGCUGCUGCUCCAGUUGCCGUCGCUCAUGCACCUGUCGCUGUCGCUCAUGCACCAAUCGCUUACACCACUGUAGCUAAAGCCGCUCCUGUAGUCACCUCCACCACAGUCACCCGCACUGUACCAGUUGCUCCUGUACUUAGUCACACCGGUCUUUUCGGAGCAGCUCCAUUAGCUUAUUCUGGUCUUUUAGGACAUGGACUUGCUGGUCACGGACUUGCUGGUCAUGGACUUGCUGCUCACGGUCUUGCUGGCCACGGACUUGCUGCUCAUGGACUUGCUGGCCAUGGAUUAACAUACGCCACUGGUCUUGGACAUGGACUCUAUGGAACUGCAUACACCGGACAUGGUCUAGCUUAUACUACCGGACUUGCUGGUCAUGGACUUCAUUACGGAUCUGGUCUUCUUGGUCUUGGAAAGCUUGGCUAUGGAAAGGUCUUAUUGUAAAUACUAUGUAAAUUAUUGUUAUAUUAUGUGAAUAAACAGUGAUAUCUACUCUGCA